AGAUUAUCCAUAUCAGUGAGGAAAAAUUAAUAAUAAAUGAUUGAUAUUAGCCAAGAGAUGAGCAAGACUAAUAAGAUUGAGAUAUUCUUCAGCAAUACUAUUGAGGUCUCACUUAUUUUGAUAUAGCCAUCAAAUUAAGAAUAGAUUCACCUUCGAGAUAGUAUUAUUUAGCAGAUUCAUGCUAUUAAUUCUUCAAAUUGAAAAGAUAAAGUUUUUCUAAGAUAAAGUAGUUAAAUAAUAAUUAUGUAAGGUAUGAAUGAUUAAUCAUCACUACAUUUGCAAGUAACUAUUAUUGCAACAAAGUCCUUAGGCUGCAUAAACAGAUGGGAAAAGUGAGAAAGCAUCAAUUGUAUACUUUGAAUUUAAAUAUAUUGAGCAAUUGCCAUUAUAAUUGCUAAAUGUGCUUUACUUAAGGAUUCUUGACAUUCAAAUACAAUUCCAAAAUAGUAAAACAUAUACAUACACAAGUUUCAUAACUAGGAGAACGCUAUGA